AUGGCACCCACAGACGAUGAAGACAUGAAACGUUCAGACACUCAAGGUACAUCCAUAUGGAGAACGUUCAUAUUGAGCCUGAUUGUCAUAAUAGCUGUGGCUUUGUCUUGGUCCUUGACUACCCAGUUCAGUCAAACGGCAUUGAAAAUAGACACUAAACAUUUCAAUGCUCCAUAUUGUAUGAUGUGGUUUAACACUAAUUUCAUGAUACUCUGCUAUCCCACCUAUAUACUCUACGAAAUGUUCCGUAAAAAGAAAAUACGUGAUUUUUUCAGACAUGCUCAAGAGGUGUUCGGUCCUUAUGGUUUGACCCCUUUCCAAUUAUUGUUCCGAGUUCUCCCGUUCCUUUUGCUUUGGAUCGGAGCUAACUACUGUGCCGCUAGAGCUCUGCUAUAUGUAUCAGCUAGCAUAGCAACAUCCAUUUCUUCUUGUAAUGCUGCAUUCGUGUAUAUUCUGGGUAUACUCUUACUGGGCGAUAAAUUCAUUUGGAUGAAAGCUGUUUCAGUAGUGUUUGCAGUUGCAGGAGUUGCAGUGAUAUCACUGGGUAUAAAAGGAAGCAGCGGUGACCAACAGUGGCUUGGAAUAAUGUUGUCUGUCAUAUCAGCAAUGUCAGCUGCUGUUUACAAAGUCCUAUUCAAACGGAUGUUAGGAAGUGCUGAUCUAGGGCAAGUAUCUUUAUUCAUGAGCUGUUUGGGAUAUCUCAAUUUCUCUCUGAAUUGGGUAAUGCCAGUGAUCCUCACUCAAACAGGUGUGGAACUAAUUGAAUGGAAAUACGUUCCUUGGCUACCAAUGUGUGGAGCAGCUGUCCUAUCAUUAACUUUCAACUUCUUAAUUAACUUUGGUAUAGCUCUCUUGCAUCCCUUGGUCAUUUCCAUCGGAAUGCUUCUGGGAAUACCAUCCAACACAGUAAUUGAUAUCAUUUUCCGUCAUGUAACAGUAACUGGUUACUUUCUUGGUGGGACGAGUCUAAUUGCCAUAUCUUUUGUCCUCAUAAUAUUCCCCUAUGAAAUGAUUAGAAAGCGAAAGAACGACAAUCUUAAUGAGAACAACUUUUGCGACGAUGAAGGCGUUCAAGCUCAAAGACAAGAUCUCGUGGAACAUCUGUGA